CUGGACAACUCAUCCCCAUUCGCUUGCAUUGGCCAUGUUCGGACGGAGAUUCUUCUCGACCGCACGGGUCUUGCAGCACGAUAACCCAUUGGGCCUUCCUCGCUCCGGCACUCCGCCCUCAUUCGCUCGUCGCCGCGGACUCCCCGAGAAACGCAAGAUUCGCGAUGUGAAGAAGGUCAUUGCGGUCUCGUCGGCUAAGGGGGGUGUGGGCAAGUCGACAAUUGCCGCCAACCUCGCCUUAUCCUUCGCCCGUCGAGGCAUCCGCACGGGGAUCCUGGACACCGACAUCUUCGGUCCCUCUAUUCCCACUCUCCUCAAUCUCUCCGGCGAACCUCGCCUCGACGAUAAGAACUGUCUCGUCCCGCUCACCAACUACGGCCUCAAAUCCAUGUCCAUGGGCUACCUCCUCCCCCAAGCCGCCACCAGCACCGACCCCAACGCGCCCCUCCCCAUGGACACGACCCCGAUCUCCUGGCGCGGCCUCAUGGUCACCAAAGCGAUGCACCAGCUCCUGCACUCCGUGUCGUGGGGGCCCCUGGACGUGCUCUUCCUCGACCUGCCCCCCGGCACCGGCGACGUGCAGCUGACCAUCGGCCAGGAGAUCAUCCUCGACGGGUCCGUCAUCGUGACCACGCCGCAGGACAUCGCCCUGCGCGACGCCGUCCGCGGCUUCGGCAUGUUCCAGCGCAUGGACGUCCCCGUGCUCGGCAUGGUGCGUAACAUGGCCUUCUUCGCCUGUCCGCAGUGCGGCCACCAGACGAGGAUCUUCUCCCACGGCGAGCAUCACCAUCACGGUCAGGGCCAGGGCCAGAACCCCGAGGAGUGGGGCGUCGUGGCGGAGUGCAAGCGGCUGGGGGUCGAUUUUCUAGGGGAUAUUCCGCUCGAUGCGCGGGUCUGCGAGGAUGCCGAUCGGGGCAUGCCGACGGUGGUGGCGGAGGAGACGGACGACCGGAGUGCGAGACGAGAAGCGUUUAUGGGUGUGGCGGAGAAGGUGGCCAGGAAGGUGGGGAUUGAGUGGUAGACUUUCCUUCCUUCCUUCUGGACUGUAUCUGUAUUAUAGGAGUGUGUUUAUACCCAAUGUACCUUAGAUCUUUCGUUGAAUUCAU